CAGGCGCGCCGCGGCGGCACUCCGCUGGGCCCGGGACCCGCCGGCGGCGGCGAGACACCGGGGCUGCGGCGCCGCCAGCCCGCCCGCCCCGCCUGCAGAGUCCGGCAGCCGCGAGCCGUCCGCACACACCACCGCCGCAGCCGCCAUGGGUUCCUGAGGCCAGCUCAUCGCUUACCGCAAGGGUUUGUCUCAGGGACCCCUGGCUGCCAGGCACCAUGACGGUGAGGGGGGCCGCACUGGCCCCGGAUCCAGCGUCGCCUACGACCAUGGCAGCGUCGCCCAGCGUGUCUGUGAUCCCUGAGGGCAGCCCCACGGCCAUGGAGCAGCCCGUGUUCCUGAUGACAACCGCCGCGCAGGCCAUCUCCGGAUUCUUCGUCUGGACGGCCCUGCUCAUCACCUGCCACCAGAUCUACAUGCACCUGCGCUGCUACAGCUGUCCGAACGAGCAGCGCUACAUCGUCCGCAUUCUCUUCAUCGUUCCCAUCUACGCCUUCGACUCCUGGCUCAGCCUUCUCUUCUUCACCAACGACCAGUACUACGUGUACUUCGGCACCGUGCGGGACUGCUACGAGGCCCUGGUCAUCUAUAAUUUCCUGAGCCUGUGCUAUGAAUACCUCGGGGGAGAAAGUUCCAUCAUGUCGGAGAUCAGAGGGAAGCCCAUCGAGUCCAGCUGUAUGUACGGCACGUGCUGCCUCUGGGGAAAGACUUACUCCAUUGGAUUCCUGCGGUUCUGCAAGCAGGCCACCCUGCAGUUCUGCGUGGUGAAGCCGCUCAUGGCUGUCAGCACCGUGGUCCUCCAGGCCUUCGGCAAGUACCGGGAUGGUGACUUUGAUGUCACCAGUGGCUACCUCUACGUGACCAUCAUCUACAACAUCUCCGUCAGCCUGGCCCUCUACGCCCUCUUCCUCUUCUACUUUGCCACCCGGGACCUACUUAGCCCCUACAGCCCCGUCCUCAAGUUCUUCAUGGUCAAGUCCGUCAUUUUUCUCUCCUUCUGGCAAGGCAUGCUCCUGGCCAUCCUGGAGAAGUGUGGGGCCAUCCCCAAGAUCCACUCGGCCCGCGUGUCUGUGGGCGAGGGCACUGUGGCCGCCGGCUACCAGGACUUCAUCAUCUGUGUGGAGAUGUUCUUCGCAGCUCUGGCCCUGCGGCACGCCUUCACCUACAAGGUUUAUGCUGACAAGAGGCUGGAUGCGCAAGGCCGCUGCGCCCCCAUGAAGAGCAUCUCCAGCAGCCUCAAGGAGACCAUGAACCCACACGACAUCGUGCAGGAUGCCAUCCACAACUUCUCGCCUGCCUACCAGCAGUACACACAGCAGUCCACCCUGGAGCCCGGGCCCGCCUGGCGUGGUGGCGCCCACAGCCUCUCGCGCUCCCACAGCCUCAGUGGCGCCCGCGACAAUGAGAAAACUCUCCUGCUUAGCUCUGAUGACGAGUUCUAGGUGCGGCUGCUGGUGGGGAGGACUGGCACCUGGGCCCAGGGCAGGGUGUGCCCCCCUCCAGCCCCACGCACGGGCCGGGAGGCAGCCUGGCACAGCUUUGGCAUUGCCCGUUAAUUUAUUGGACCAGAAACACUCACUUGUCACUUCCGGAGGAACAGCCAGAAGCUGUGGGCCCAGGGGACAGCCCAGGCUCACAACGAGCCUUCAGGAAUACUUACACGAGGCCACCCCUGCGUCCGGGCGCGGGACAGAGGACGCUGGGCGUGACUGCUGUGCCCCUGUGGCUUGUCCUGCGGCGGCAUGGUGGGACCAGCUGUGGCCAUGGUGGACCAGCGGCCCUCUCAGCCCCCACGUGGCUCACCCCUUCCCCCAUGAGACUUUCAGCCCUGUCCCCAACAUCGUGCAAUACUCUGACCUGGGCUCUUUCCUGCCUGCUCCCGCCCUUGUGCCCCCUGUCCAUGCUAGAUUAGCCUCACCCUGGGCCAGAGGGGCAGGAGGGAACCCAGAUGCUCCCCGCGGCCCCUCCUGACCCAGGCCUGCCUGGCAUGCUGCAAGGACCAGAGCGGCACUAAGAGCCACGUGUCCCAUGUCGGAAGGGCACUCAGGUGCAUCUGGGCCCCUCUUCUGUUGACGAGGCCUCUCCAAGCAGGGCUCUCUGGGCCCCUGGGUGUCCUCUCCGUGGCUGCCCUGCUGCCCUUCCUGCCUGCCUCAUGCCCCUUCCUCCUGGCCUGCUGAGGGCAGCCAGCAGCCCACACUGCCCUAUCACUUGGGGUCUGUCUUCUGGAGAGCAUUUUGGGCAGAGCCCCUGCUUCCAGGCUGCUGAAAGGGUGGGCGGCUCCCAGCCCCUCCUUCC